UUCUUACACGCUAUUAUAAUCAUUUCUUCCACUAUUGCAAUGCACUAUUGCAAUCAACUUGAAUACCAACAAUAAUUGUCGAAAUCCUCUAAAGAUUCGUUUUUUUGAGUGAGCAGUUGUAAACACUGCUCUCUAAAUUCAACCGGGAAAGCUAAUUUCUAAAAAUAACUUGCGAACGACCAGACGCUGUCGCAGAACCCUGCCAUCCACACGCAAGUAUAUGAAUAUACUUUCUUCAAAUCCAGUGUAAAAAGAGCCACGUCAGGAAAAACUACGAAUAAAUGUGCUAAUAUUCUAUUCAUAAAUUAAAAUAUAAUAUAGAUUAAUACAGUAACAUUUGAUUCACUUAACACAUAAAAUGCCGACAGAAGAAGAUGAAAUUCUUUACUGUGGAAAGUAUACUUACCGCUCGAAAGAAGUGAUCCAAUGGAUCAGAAGUGGAAACGAUGAUCAUGUAUCGAAACUCAACUUUAUCAUUGAAGAAGCUUUAAAGACCGAAAGUUUUAGUACAGUAAAAUUUUUACUAUCUAAUGGUUACAAAGUUGUCCCUUUGAAUAAGCUUAAACAGACUGCACUUCAUCUCUCGGUUUUUUACGAUUCUCCAGACGACAUAAUCAGUGCACUUUUUAAAAACUGUGAUACUAGUAAAAAUCACGCAGAUAAGGACGGACUUACUUACUUCCACAUCGCCUGUAUUGCAGGAAACGUCAGUGUAGCCGAAGGGUUUAUAAAACAAGAUGUCGACAUCAAUCUCAAGUGUCAUUCCUCUGGAUUCACAGCAUUGCAUUUCGCAGUCACACAUGGAAGAACCAAGAUAGUGGAAUUACUUUUGAAAAAUAGAGUCGAUGUCGAGGCUACCGAUUCGGAAGGUAGAAAUGCGCUUCAUGUAGCAUGUGGAAAUUCUAAGCGUUACUGUGAAUUAAUAGCGAACGUUUUCAUAAAAAAUCGUGACAAAGGUGCCGUUGAGAAUGAGAAUACGGAGUCGCAGAUUGUCGAGCUGCUGGUAAAAGGAAGCUCCGACGUGAACAAACAGGAUCAACAGGGUAACACGCCGGUUUUCAAAAUUUUUCAAAACGAUCAGUAUGAAAAGCUGCGUAGCAUAAGAAGAUUAAAAAAUUAUAUCUAUUAUGAUAAGAGGUAUCGGUUAAUAGUCAAUGAAUUGAGAAAAAAGCAAAAGAAAAAGCUCGAAAUUCUUCUGCAGAAUAGUGUGGAUCUAAAAGUUUGCAAUAAAAAUGGUGAGACGGUUUUACACUGGAUGAUCGAACGACUCAAGCCUCUCAGAUGGCCUAAAGACUUUUCCGACAUGUGCUUCGAUGACAGUGUGAAUUCAGAAAUGUUAGAACUGCUUUUAAAGCAAGGUACACUCGAUGCUAAUGCAAAGAACAACGAGAACAAGACUCCUCUGCAGCAAGCGAUUUCCGUCAUGAGCCUCGAUAUCGUCAAAGUUCUAUUGCGCUACAUUUCGAUGUUCGAAAGUUUAAAAUUUGAUUUUCAUUAUCCGAAUAUAUAUCCUUGUCUAGAGGUCGUGGAAAAUGUCAUAGAAAUAGUGACCGAGCUCACGAAAAAAGGAUUCUGCUUGAGUUUACAAGCUGAUUUACCUAUAUUGAAGUUUUUCACCUAUAAUCACCAGGAUUGCGAUUAUGAGGAUAAUGCCGACAUCAAUCGCCAUCACAAGUUGAUGAAUCUCUUACAAAUUGGCACUACGUUAGGUAUCCGAAAAGUUUUUUCCGAAAUGUGGAGACGCAAAGUUAUCAACAAAGUGUAUCUAGGUCUCGGAGUGUACUUGAAGCAAUUGGAAUACGCCAAUAUAUGGGUAGACAAGGAGAAUAUGACUUUGAUAAAGGCCAUAACGCAGGAUUGUAAAAUAAGGCCUCAAUGGGUCGAAGAUUGUCAAGAAGAGGUGUUGUUAAUGAAGAAAACUAUGCUGGGCGAACAAGUAUCGUUGCAUGACGUUAUGGAGAUGAAUCCUGAUGAAAUAUAUGAGCAUUUGAAGAAUGGGAAUUACAAACAAAUCCUACGCUCUCCUGACUUCGGAAAGUUCAACUGUUACGAAGAUAUAAUAAAGGGACACUUCGCUAAGGGGCUGAUGAGGCAAUACUUGUUGGAAUCAACUUGCGAUUACUUGAGAUUAGCCGUUGCUUUCGGAUUUCCGGACCUUUGCUGCGAAAACAUCCUAAACCAUUUGAGUAACGAAGAUAUGUGCAAUUUUUGUUUCGCAACUGUUGUACCUGCAGAUAGCGACGAAGAAAAUGAUAAACUGACUUCGUUGUACGUGAAAUAUUAUAUGGAGCAAUUGAGAAAAAAACAAGCAAGCAGGCGUAAAGAAGCACUCUAAUUUGUAAAGUAAAAUGAAUUUGUUUCAUCGUAAUAAAAAAUUUGCACACCUUGUCAUUGAAA